AUGGCUAUCCCCGAGGAGCCAGAAACUUAUUCGGUCCCACGGGAGGCAAGCAUGAUUGUGUCCGCGUUGAAGGCAUUCGAAGGCAACUUGCUGAAUGUGCUUCUAGAGCGGAAGUACGGGCAUGGAACCCCGGGACAUUACAAUAAACACGUUACUCUAUACCAUUUGCUGAAUUUAAGCAUGGCGCCUCCCAGCGUCCUUCUUUUUGAACCUGCAGCCUACAACGGAUCCUCCAUGCUGGUGGCCAGGGAUCUCCCAGACAUCGGCACGGAGACCUCUGGCAGGUCUCAAACCGUCGUUGUUACCCGAGUGAUUGCUGCUCCCACAAUUACUCCAGGGCUAGCCGAGUUAGGAACCAGCGUAAUGUGA